AUGUCUCUGACCAACAGUGAGAAGAGCAUCAUUGUGUCCUCCUGGGACAAGGUCUCCUCCCAGGCUGAGGCCAUCGGCACCGAGGCUCUGGAGAGGCUCUUCCUCAGCUUCCCGCAGACCAAGACCUACUUCCCGCACUUCGACCUGCGCCCCGGCUCGGCUCAGGUGCACGCUCUUGGGGCCAAGCUGGCAGCUGCGCUGGACGACGCGGUCAAGAACAUCGACAACUUGGAUGGUGCGCUGUCCACGCUGAGCGAUCUGCAUGCCUACAAGCUGUGGGUGGACCCGGUCAACUUCAGGCUCCUGUCCCAGUGCCUGCAGGUCACCCUGGCCGGGCACCUGCUUCAGGACGUCACCGCGGCCACCCAAGCCGCCUGGGACAAGUUCCUGGAGGAAGUGUCUGCCGCCCUUACCGCUAAGUACCGCUGA